AUGUCCAACCCGCCCAUCAACCUCUACGACUCCUCCUACCCCGUCGCCAAAGCCGCCCUCGACGUCCUCACCACGCUCCUCGACAAGGCCCAAGCCCACACCCCCAGCGCGGCCGACCACAACCUCCCCGACGCCCGGCUCUACGAGGACAUGAGCCCGCUGAGCACACAGGUCCAUUACGUCUGCGACAUCGUCCACAACCUCGUCGCCCGCACUACCAACCAGGACCUGUCGACCGCGUGGCCGGAUGACGCGCCGCCCGCCACGCUGGGGGACUUGCAGGCGCGCGUGGCCGCCGCCAGGGCGCUCGUGGAGGCGGUGGAGGAGCGCGUGGUCAACGGUAGGGCGAGCGAGACGCUGACGCUGGAGACGAGCACGUACGGCACGGUGCGCGUGUGCGUGCACCGGUUCGUCUCGACGCAUGUCCUGCCGUACCUGUUCUUCUACCUGGGCAUGACGUAUAGCAUUCUGAGGAAGGAGGGCGUGCCGUUGCGGUUGAUGGACUACAUGGGUCCGUUCAACAAUAUUGCACUGGAGAAUCCGGGUUUGAUCUGA